CGGAAGUCUGAUUGACUGUUUCCAAGGAGACCACCAAUACUACUGAGCGCUGGGCUGCUGGUCAGUGCUGAGGGUCAAAGACCGCCAAGAUGUCAUUUUUAUUCGACUGGAUCUACAGGGGGUUUAGUAAUGUUUUACAGUUCUUAGGUCUGUACAAAAAGUCAGGGAAGCUGGUUUUCCUGGGCCUGGACAAUGCUGGUAAAACAACACUCCUACACAUGUUGAAAGAUGACCGACUUGGCCAACACGUGCCAACGCUGCAUCCAACUUCUGAAGAGCUGUCAAUUGGUGGGAUGACCUUUACUACAUUUGAUCUGGGGGGACAUGUACAAGCUCGAAGAGUGUGGAAGAACUACCUGCCAGCUGUGAAUGGAGUCGUCUUUCUCGUAGACUGUGCAGACCACGACAGACUCUCAGAAUCCAAGACUGAACUCGAUGCUCUCCUAGGGGACGAGACCAUAGUCAACGUACCAGUGUUGGUGUUGGGUAAUAAAAUUGACCGCCCUGAAGCCAUCAGCGAAGGAGGACUGAGAGGAGCUUUUGCUCUUGAUGGUCAAGUUACCGGAAAGGGAAAUGUCUCUUUGAAGGAGCUGAACGCCCGGCCGCUGGAGAUUUUCAUGUGCAGCGUGUUGAAAAGACAAGGCUACGGGGAAGGUUUCAGAUGGUUAUCACAGUACAUCGACUGACACGCAGCACUGAAGCUUAACCGGAAGGGAGUUUCUUGACACACAUUUUUUUUUAUGAGACUCUGUCUCUUUGCCAGUGUCAAUCAGCCCAAAUUUCAAACUAUAUUAUUAUUAAGAGCUUAUUCUUUUUAAUGCUUUAUUCUGGAUUUAAAGGUUUCUAUGCAAACUUUUAAAAGUGGUUCAUGGUGAACUGUCUUACCUGUGUUAUUAAUGUGGGAAUUAACUGAGUUGUCUAACUCCAUGGCAAGUUAAUUAGGUUACAUCCAAAGGUUACAUCAUACCUUAAUUACAACACACGAGCAGACGCACAUUAUGCACGAAUGUAGAUACGUACACAUUAGUUUUGCAUUACUUAAUAUGGAAUAACUAACUGCUCUAGUUGGAAUUUAUUAGGAAGCAAGUGAUGAAAAUGAAGGACUUGUGAGAUUGUGUUGGGUAGCUUAAUGCUUGUCUGACAUCAAGUUUAGGUUUUAAAAUCUACAUAACUAAAUACAGAAGAUUCAUUUUAGUUUAUUUAAUCUAAUGUCACGCAGCCACUGCCUUCAAAGCAUAUAGCCAAAGAUGUAUGCUAAUGACUUUGGGUUUAGCAGGGAGAGAGAUUGGAUUUCGACAAAACAUAUCUUCCAUGCUGAGCACUGAGCCAAAAUAACAUCAUCCCCAAUCCCCUUUAGAAACCAAAAAGGAGAAGAGACAGCAUGUCCCACAAAUAAAGGCAAAGGAUUCAGUGAUAAUGAUUUAAAGAUGAUGAGUAAACGGAGUCUCAUCACUGAUGAGUGUGCUGUGAAUAAUGUCUUCUCACUUUCAGUGUCUUGAUGGAAUUAGCUUGUUUAUUUUUGCGUCUUUUCCUACGCGUUGACCCAUUAGUGAUGUCACAUGUUGCGUUGAAGGCAGCUAAUUUGAAGUGCGUUAGAAAUAAGUCUCGAUUAUCUUUGUCUUUUGGGUGUUCAGUACAGAACUCAAAGAUAAAAUGUUCAUACCGAACUUUUAUGAUGUUCAGUGGCUCCCCUUGCUUUAUUAUGUCAUGAAGGCUGUAAUAAUGCAUUGCACUUAAAAUGUCGGCAAGCAAUAAAGUAGAAUGACCAACUGUGCUGUAGCAGAGACAAUCUUACUUCUCUGUAUUUGAGAGUAGGAAAUAAUGUAUGUAGUUCUGAGACUGUUAAUUGAAAUUCAUCGAUUUUGUUAUUUAUCCAUUUAAUCUAGAGCCUGAGCAAUAUAUCCACAUGUAGGCUGUGCAACAGGAUUGAAGUGCUGCAUGUACUUUUUGACUAUCUGAAAAGAUAUGAGAGUGCACUUGCAAACGUUAAAUGUGCUAACCUGUAAAUUAAUAUUCUAAUCUCAUUCUUGAUGUUUGAGUCAGUGCAUGUUAAUGUGCAUACAUUCUUACAAUGGCCUGUGCAAUUUUAGAAGCUGGAAAUAGAUCAUGAGAAACAUAAAUGUUUGAUCAUUGUACCCCAUUUACUGUUUCCUGCAUCCUAUGUUUACAGGGUAAGAUUUUAAAUAUUCUGCUUAUUAAUAUAUGCAGGGAUGUUUGUGACUGAGAUAAAAAAAAAAGAUAAAUAUGAAACAGAUUUUUUUUUUUUUUUUUUUUACAGGGAAUCUUGAGUGUUUACUGAGAUACAGUAUGCAUGUAAAGAAACUGCUUUUCCUUUGAACAGUGUUGUGUACCAGUCUCUUAACUCCUGUAAAUUAUGUAUAUUACAGAUGUAAAUGUUUGUACAGUAACUGCCUAUUAGCUGACAUUAAUAAAUCACUGGAGCUAUUUAUAGCUGAUUGACUUAAAAUAAUAUUUGCAGCGAUUAUCUGUGUGAAUAGUUUCAACUUGAAUGACAACAUGCAUACACACAGAUCUAUUUGAUGAGUGGUUCACAUCUUGUAAUAAAACCAACUUUUUUUUGGACUCAA